AGACGCGCACGGAAGGCGUGGUUUUUCGGUUCCGCCGAUGGCGUUGGCUCGGCUCUUGGCCUGCCUUGCGUGGGGCUGCCUGGCGCAUUACCACGGCACCUGCGGGUCUGACGAGGUGGCUGGAGAGAUCCAGGGCGAGGAUGGAGUGGUCUGCGCGCCCAAGUGCAGCGCGCAGUACGAGUGCCCUGUGGAGACCACCGUGGGCGUGUCGGCGCAGCCGCAGUGCAUGCUGCAGAACGUAGAUCAGGCCUUCUUUUGCGGGCUUCUGUGCCAGGCGGAUGCGCAGUGUCCUUCGGGCGCCUCAUGCCGCAAGGUUGGUGCGCAAAACCUGGGCCUUUGCAUCCACCCCUUAUCCUUCUCGGACUGGGCCCGGCUCUCGUCCCGGGUGAAGCUGGGCAUAGGCUUCCCGAGCCCCGCCGGCGCCGGCGGAACGUCCAAGGGCUUCCAGAUCGCGCGCGCCUACUCUGCGCUGCAGAGCCUCAAGAGGCGGUACUCCAUCUCCGACGGGGACACCGACGUGCUCACCGUCAAGGAGAUGCUGGCGGCCGCCUCGACACCGGGGGGGCUGAACGACCAGCAGCGCGGCAGCCUGGGCAACCUGCAGAACCUCAUCCAUAAGGCGAUGAAGGGCGGCUCAGGCAGCGACACCUUGGGCUCGGAGCUCUCCUCUGACCUGAAGACCUUCAGCGGCAACGUGCUGGGCGGCGUCUCGGGCUGGGAGCGAGAGGCCGAGAGCGUGGUUUGGAACGUGGAGCACAUCGACCACUACGGAGCCGCAUGGGGCCUGCUUCGGGGCAUCAUAGAGGUGGCGCUCAUCUACCUUGCCUGUGGCGCCAUCUACAAGCACCAGACCAUGGGAGCCAGAGGCGUGCAGAUGAUCCCCCAUCUCGGCUUCUGGAUGGACUACCCAAAUCUGGUGGUCGACGGGGUGAAGUACGCUCAGAUGAUGGUCUCCCAGUCCACCGGCCAGAAGUCCAGCUCCGGCGGCUUCAUGCCGCUUGGCAUGCCUGCGGAGCGCGACUCCUUCGCCGACUUCGAACCCUCCCGGUGAGCGCUGCUGGGCCGCUCGCCGCUCUCGGCGCCGGCGAAGAAACCCGCCUCGAGCGCCGUGAGUGCAACAAAAAAAAAGUGGCGUCG